CGAUGUACCUUGAUCAGCGGUAAAUUCAAAAUGGCGGCUGCUGCACGUUGUUUGCGUUCCCUGACUCGUUCUACGUCUGCGGCAAAGCAUUUGUCCUCCUGCGUCUUGAAAAAUGUGUCACAAAAAUCAAGUACUAGUGUGUCAUCACCACUCCUGAAGUCGUUUCUUAGCAAUGAGAGUGGAUUGAUAAGGGGAUCAAGAAUGUCAUCUAGGAUCAGUUUUAACAAAAGAUUUACACCAGUGUCCUUUGUCUGUGCUGUCCCCAAGACUUGUCCUCUUUCAGUAGAUGGAGGAAGUGACGGCAUUGAGAGUUUAGAUGGUAACCUUGGAGAUGAUGAUGGUGAUACUUGGUCCCAGGGUGAAGAUGAUCCUUAUUUAGGAAUCACUUGAUGCAGGGUGUGAUACUGACUGAUACCUGCCCACUACUUUUUAUCAGGAACUGCAAGAAGUUUUUAUGUAAAAGAUUUAAUUUUCUGUAAACUGAAGAAAAAUAUUGUUUGUAUACAUGCAAUUUUUCCUGUGGACAGACUUUGCUUUUGGCCGUAAAUAUUUCUUUACAUCUCUUUCUUCUCUGGUUUAAAUUUCUGUUGAAGAAAAAAUUCAUAAAGUUUGAACCAAUCUGUUUGAAUACUGUCUUUGAUUUAUUAAAUUAAAUCUGCUAUGAUGAUCAUUUUAACAAUAUCCAAUUUUUAAGACUUUGUUCAUGAAGGAACAAAUGAGAUUCUCAGAAAAACACUGUUCUUUAAGAUGUGAUCUCUAAUUUCCUAAUUACAAUGCCAUUUUUCACAUCUAUAACUAACAAGUACUACUGACAGUCAUUUCAAUGGUACACUGCGGUACAGUACAGAAUUAGAUUAAGAAUAGUGUUUGAUGUCAGUCAACAUUGCAUAAGAUACAGUACACGAAUGCAUCUGUUUGGACAUGCUUACUUUUGCUUUGAGUGAAAUAAACCAAUAUUGAUUUUACACACUAUUUAGAGAGUUAAUGAAAUUUCUUUCAUCCCUGUUCAUAACUUGAAACUUUCCCAUCCAGUAUUCAUAGAGUGUGUCGUCAGUUAGUGUUGGUGAAGCAGGGCUACUCUCUAAGAACAUUAACAAAGUUAGCAUACAAAGAGAAAACAAAAGUAAGAGACCACUAUUCCUCUUGUAAGGGUGAUUCCUAGCUCAUGUGUUCAAGUGUUAACAGUCCUGUCUUAUUCAGUUGAUUGUUUGCCAUGGGUCUCUAGCUGUGAGAAUUGAUUAAAAGUUUAAAGGAA